AUUUGAAGUUUAAAAAAUUGGUCUUUCGAAGUGAGAGUUUUCUGAUCGUCUGUAGACUUCGCUUCUUCACCCUCAAUCGCCGGCGAACAUAGAGAUGCAGCUUCUCCCCGGGGUAAGGAAUCCCGCUACGGCGGUGACGAUGGCGGUAGCAGCAACGGUGGUCAUUUUCAUAGCGUCAAUGCCGUUGGCUUGGUCAAAGGAGCAACUUAGCUCGAGGGAAUGUGAGGAUCUAGGUUUCACGGGCCUUGCUCUCUGUUCCGAUUGUCACACUUUAGCUGAAUAUAUCAAAGAUCAAGAAUUAGUGACGGACUGUUUGAAGUGUUGCACUGAGGAUUCUGAUGAUGCCACGAGUAAGAUAACUUAUUCUGGUGCCGUGCUGGAAGUCUGCAUGAGGAAGCUAGUUUUCUAUCCUGAAAUUGUUGGCUUCAUUGAAGAAGAAAAGGAUCAAUUCCCUUCAGUUAAGGUUCAAUAUAUCUUCAACUCUCCACCGAAGCUGAUUUUGCUGGAUGAUGAGGGCCAACAUAAAGAAAGCAUCAGGAUUGAUAAUUGGAAACGUGAACAUAUUUUGCAGUUCCUGCAAGAGAAGGUUAAGCGAUCUUCAGCGAUUUAAAGGUUCUCACUUUUUUCCCCCCACCUGAAUCCUGUAAAAAAAAAAAAAAAAAAAA